AUGUCUUCCUCACUGGAGGCAAUUUGCGCCAAUGUCCUCCAAAGGGACUUGACAGCUGAAGACAAUGCGCGAUCAUUCCUUGCACUGGGUGGUGACUCAUUACUAGCCAUCAAAGUGCUAGCCCAGUGUAGGAGCCAAGGCAUCACAAUCAAUAUCGCCGACAUAAUGAGCGCACCAACGUUGCAAUCGUUAUAUGACCUUGUUCCAGGGGCCUCAGAUACCGACACAUCCAACACCACACACGAUGACAGUAUGAGCUCGGAUUCAGAAGCUUCCAUGCCCUCGACGGAAGUUGGCUCGGUUUAUAUGGAUGAUCUCGCUCAUGAUAUCGAAGAGAAGCUGUUGGCGCUCGCCGUGUCUAGUAAUAGCCACAUCCAGGCUGUUUUCCCCUGUUCGGCCAUCCAAGAAAGAAUAAUUGUCAGCCAAGUGCAGAAUCCUCAUCUAUACUCUUGCUCUUUUGUUCUCAAAUUUACACAUCUCCAUUCUGGGCUUCCUGUCAGCGCAAAGCAAAUUGAGGAGGCUUGGAGUGAAGUUGUCAAGCGCCACUCCAGUCUGCGCACUGUUCUGGUUGAGAGCACCCAGAGACCUGGCCAUCACAACCAAGUCAUCCUGGAUGAUAUCAUACCUGAUGUGAAAAUGUAUGAAGGCUUAGCACAUCUUGCGAGUCCAGCGUUUGAUGUGCGCAGGCCCGUUACCUUUCAGUCGCACUAUGUUCCGCAUCGUGUUCAGCUUGUUCAAGCAUCGCAGUCCGAGGUUUGGAUGAAGUUGGAGAUUUCCCAUUUACUUGUAGAUGGGCAGUCAGCAGAAGUCCUUCUGAGAGAUCUGAGUGAUGCUUAUCAUGGCCACAAACUGUCUGCUGCACCAUUAUCUUACGGCGAAUAUGUCUCUUCAUACCUCCAGGGAGCGUUGCAUUCCACCACAAACUCAAAAAAAGAUGAAGGUGUUACACCCGAUGUUGCGCCAUUAAUGAUCGAGAUGGAUUGCCCAAAUGAAGAGCUGUCGGGUUUUGGAACAGUUAGUCGCAACAUACAUCUUAGCUCUCAGCUGGUGCAAGCUGCUUGCGCUCGAAACUCAGUUACUCUCGCCACGGUCUGCCAGCUGGCUUGGGGACUUGUACUGCGGUGCUACGGAGGAGCAGACAAUGUCUGUUUCUCCUAUGUUAAUUCCGGUCGAUCCAUGUCAAUUCCUGGUGUUCAUGAUGUGAUUGGCCCAAUUGUUCAAACAUCGUUAUGUUCAAUCCAAUUGACCGCGGCCGAUUCAGUGUCCGACGUCCUGCAGAAGCUCCAUAAGGAUUCGUUGCAGGCACUAUCAGCAGUAUCGCCUCUAGAAUCUACAGGCGCCACAUCGAAGUCGGCCCGACAACUCAGCAACACAACGAUGUCUUUCCAACGUGCUGUGGAUGACCGUCCCGUCCAGAGAGCGAACUUGUCCGUAGUGAUUGAGGCUAAAGCCAACCCGACCGAUUAUGAUAUCUCCUUAGACAUUUCAUCGACACCAGAGGGUUUAUCUAUCUCUCUUGACUUUUGGAGAUCGAGACUAGCUGACGAGAGAGCCGAGACAAUCCUUGGUGCUUUUGAAUCCGCAAUCAGAGCCAUCAUAGAUGAUCAAAAUGCCAAAAUCUCAGACAUCAGCUUACUAGGAGCAGAUGAUGUCCGACAAUUAGCGCAGUGGAACUCAGCUAUUCCUAAGCCACGGCGGAUCUGUCUUCAUGAAAAAGUUCUUGAAAUUUCGAAGCUUCAGCCUAGCGCUACUGCUAUCAAUUCCUGGGAUGGAGACCUCACAUACGCUGAACUCACAGCCCAAGCCUCGACGCUGGCACAUCAUCUGCAAAAGAGCCUCCGUGUGAGCUCUGAGAAAUUUGUUGGUAUCUGUAUUGACAAAUCAAAAUGGGCGAUAAUUUCCAUGCUGGCUGUUCUAAUGGCAGGCGGAAUCGUCGUCCCUCUGGGCGUCUCGCAUCCCAGGGCGCGCGUCAAGGCACUUCUCACAGACACCAGAGCAGUGGCUCUGCUCGUUGAUUCCAAGCAUUCUGAGCGACUUGCGAAUUUGGAAUUAGAGCACACUCGCUCGUUGACUGUGGAUCAACGGCUCUUUGAUUCUUUACCCAGUCUGACUGAGCCCCCGGUCUCUAGUGUCACGCCAGAUAAUGCUGCUUGGGUUAUCUAUACAUCCGGAAGUACUGGAAUGCCCAAGGGUGUGGUUUUAUUGCAUCAGAAUAUCUCAACGAGCAUCAUCGCUCAUGGCGCUGCUUUUGGCACAAACUGCAACACUCGUGCAGCUCAAUUUGCUGCCUUCACAUUCGAUGUCAGUCUCUCUGAUAUCUUCAUGACUCUUUUCCACGGUGGAUGUGUCUGUGUAUUAUCUGAGGACAGCCGUAUGAACAGCCUCCAGGCAACACUCAAAACACUAGCUGUCAAUUACGUCAACUUGACUCCAACAGUUCUCGGUCUUCUGGAUCCAGCUGAACUACCAGAUAUCCGCACUGUUGUUGCCGGGGGAGAAGCCCUGAAUCCAGCGAUUGUUGAAAAGUGGUCGCCUCAUGCUCGAGUAUUCAACUCGGUCGGUCCCUCUGAGUGCACUAUUAUUGCUGUCGCAUCUGGGCCUCUCACAGACCCUACUCAAGCAGCGAAUGUCGGCUAUCCUACCGGCACUCGGCUAUGGGUAACACUACCCACUGAUCCAAACCAACUGUGUCCCGUCGGAGUCCCGGGCGAGCUUCUUAUCGAAGGCCCGAUGCUUUCAAGGGGUUACUUAAAUGAUGCCGAGAAAACGGCGGCAGCGUUUAUUGAAAACCCCUCCUUCAUCAAAUACCUUCAGGCUCGCGACUCUGUAUGGAAAUCUCAAUUUCAAGGUAGCACGCACAGAAUAUAUCGCUCGGGUGAUCUGGUUCGGCAGCUCAAAGACGGAUCAUUGGUCCAUAUGGGCCGACGCGACACCCAGGUCAAAAUUAGGGGACAACGAGUGGAAAUUGGUGAGAUUGAAUACUGGAUUACCCAAUGUCUGAAGAACGUCCGUCGAGUUGCUGUCCUAGUUGUUGAGCGAGGGCGAGGAAAGGAGCAAAAGUCACUGGUUGCUGCUGUUGAAUUCGCCGAGCAUAGUGAUUUCUCCGAGCAGUCAGACUUGAAUCAAGAGAAAAUCUCUGAAGAUUCCUCGGCCCCGCGACUGCUUCCUUGUACAGCUUCCUUGUCUGGGGUAUUGAAUGAGCUACGGACGGCGCUCAUGGAGCAUUUGCCCCCUUACAUGUCACCCUCAAUCUAUGCGCCAGUCACCCAGCUCCCUCUCAAUCCUUCAGGCAAAAUUGAUAGGCGGGCAGUUGCUCACUUUAUCAAUGAGCAGGAUGAUUCGCAACUACAGCAGUAUCUUGCUGUUGGCAAGCACUUCAAGGAGCCCUCGACAGAAACAGAAUACAAGCUCCAGGCUCUUUGGGCAAACAUUCUCGGUAUAGAUGCAUCACAAAUCAGUGCAGAUGGUCAUUUCUUCCAUGUUGGAGGUGAUUCUGUGGCCGCCAUGCGGGUCGUGGCAGCUGCUCAAGACGUGGAAUUGGACUUGCGUGUUGCGGAUAUCUUUGAACACCCGAGCCUCUUUGAUCUCGCGCGUGUCGUGGAAAACCGCAUCCUAGCAGAAGUUGACGAUGAAGCACCGGCUCCUCUCAGUAUCUGGAGGGAGGCCCUGCAUAUCGAAAUUGGCGAAGAAGACAACAGAAUUUCCCAAAUUGCGCAGUUUUGCGGGUUGGAAACGCAACUAAUCGAAGAUAUUCUUCCUUGCACUGCUCUCCAGGAAGGCUUAAUUGCCCUUACAGCGCAGCAACCGACUGCCUAUAUUGACCGUCAAGUAUUUGAUUUAGCUGCAACAGUAGACAUUCCUCGGUUCAAGUCUGCUUGGGAGACCACUAUUAAUGAGACCUCAACUCUACGGACACGCAUUGUGUCCAGCCCUGAGUUCGGAACACUGCAAGUCAUCUCGAAACCUGGAGAAGUCGAUUGGCACCAAUCAUCAUGUCUGGACGAAUACCUUGAAAGUGACAGGCAGGCCGGCAUGGGAAUCGGAUUACCUUUGAAUCGCUUCGCUCUCAUAAGUGAGCCCCAUGGACGGCAAUAUUUCGUGUGGACAGCUCAUCACAGCACUUAUGAUGGAUGGAGCAGAGGCCUCGUUCUGCAGAAGACUGCCGAUAUUUACCUUGGGCAAGCAUUUGCACAAACCACUCCAUUCUCUCACUUUAUCAAGUACAUUCAAAGCCCACAGUUGCAGAGUGGAACAGUUUCAUACUGGCGGGAACAGCUUGGAGGAGCUGCAAGUGCUGAAUUCCCCGCCGCUCCAAGUGCAAACUACCAGCCUCGUCCGAAGCACCGUCAUCGACACAAUAUUCAUCUGGGCCAAAGGGGCACCUCCACAGAGAUCAUGCUUCCUGAUCUUCUUCGUGGCGCUUGGGCUUUGGUUGUGCAUCCCCAUGUUGGAAAGAUCGAUCCUAUCUUUGCUGUGGCCCUUUCGGGACGCAAUGCGCCAGUCCGCAACGUGACUAGUAUCGCCGGGCCUACGCUAACCACUGUUCCUGUGAGGAUCUUCAUUGACCCUGAACAGAAUGUGGAAAAUUUCUUGCAAAGUGUGCGAGAGCAGGCCGUCAAGAUGAUCCCCUACGAACAUACUGGUCUCCAGCGGAUCAAGAAGAUGUUACCAGACCUUGCAUCGGCAGUCGACCUGAAACAUCUGUUUGUUGUUCAGCCAGCCAACGAUGACGAGAGACGGUUCAAGAUUCCUGGAGUCCGUGAUCACGUUGUUGCUGUCGAUGAAUUUGACAGCUACGGGCUUAAUGUUGAAUGCACACUCUCAGGCGGAUCUGUGAAGAUUGACUUUCGCUUCGAUGCAAAGAUGAUGACCCCUGCGCAGGUCAUGCGCCUGGCAAGCCAGUUCGAAUCGAUAGUUCACCAGCUACGUUCUGAAGCGAAUGCUACACUCAAAAUCAAAGACAUCGAUGUUUUAAGUGGCGAGGACAUCAAUCAGCUGAAACAUUGGAACUCUGAGCCUCUCCCAAGUCCGCUUAGGGAAACCUUGCAUGGCCUUAUCGCUUCUGUUGCUCUAUCCCAGCCUCAAGCAACCGCCAUUGAGUCUUGGGACGGGAGAUUGACAUAUGAGCAACUAGAUUCAUUUGCGACAGUCCUGUCUCAGCAUCUAAACGAUCUGGGAGUUGGACCGGAAAUUGCUGUUCCCGUCUGCAUGGACAAGUCAAUGUGGGCUAUGGUUUCCUUCUUGGCCGUUUUGCGUGCCGGUGGCGUUGUGGUUCCUCUUGGAGUCGAUCACCCCUUGCCACGUAUCAGCAGUAUCCUGGCAGACACCAAAGCCAAGGUUAUUCUGGUCGACUCGCAUCAGGCCAGUCGCCUAGAGCCAUUGAUUUCUUCGCAUGCGUUGACAUCCUUCCUCAUCAACUCGGAAUCUCUUGGAGCCCUUCCGCUGAGCUCCUCGGCUUCGCGGGUCGCUGUUACGCCAGAUAAUGCAGCAUGGAUUGUUUUCACCUCCGGAUCCACCGGUCAGCCGAAGGGUGUAGUGCUCACACAUUCAAGCUUAUCUACGGCUGUCAAGAUCCAUGGUGCCCGAUUCGGUCUUGGGUCUCAGACUCGGACAAUCCAGUUCGCCACGCAUACUUUCGACGCGGUCAUUCAAGACUACUUCACCACUCUCAUCAGCGGGGGCACAGUUUGCGUACCAUCUGAAGAUGACAGAAUGAGCAACCUUGCAGGUAUUAUGAGGGAGAUGAAUGUCAAUUUUGCCAACCUGACUUCGACUGUUGCCCGCCUUAUCACUCCUGAAAGUGUACCGAGCUUGAAAACACUGGUUCUUGCCGGCGAACAAAUUCAGAACUCAGUUGUCGAGACCUGGUAUAAGCACGCAGAUGUGCUUAAUGUCUAUGGACCGGCCGAGUGCUCCAUUAACUCCACAUGCAAUGGGCCCAUCGUAGACGUCGCAGACGCACAGAGUAUCGGCCACGGUAUGGGGUCGCACAUUUGGAUAGCUAAUCCAUCGAACCCCCAGCAGCUCAGCGCGGUCGGGACACCUGGUGAGAUUCUCAUUCAAGGUCCAGGCCUAGCUCGGGAAUACCUUGGUGACAAAACCAAAACCGAUGCUGUAUUCAUUCACAACCCUGCGUUUGCGAGCCAUAUCGGCCUUUCAGAAUGUCAUCUGUACCGAACCGGAGAUAUGGGUAAACAAACCGAAGAUGGCAAGAUUCUGUACCUGGGCCGUAUCGACACCCAGAUCAAAAUCCACGGACAGCGUGUUGAGGUUGGGGAAAUUGAGCACUGGAUCGGACAUCAUCUUCCAAACGUCAAGCAUGCCGCGGUUAUCGCUAUUUCGCGUGGCGUGGAUAGCCAGAUCCGUCUUGCCGCUGUCAUCGAGUUCCGAAAUGGGAACAAAGCAGACUCCGGCGCUUUUGGUCAAUUGAAGAAAAUUCUGGGAUCACAACUUCCCAGCUAUAUGGUGCCCAGCUUAUAUAUCCCUGUUGACCAAGUUCCUUUGACUGUCUCUGGUAAACUUGACAGACGCGCUAUUCGAGACAUGGUUGAAAAUAUUCCGAAGACGCAGCUGGAACAGCACCUUGCCGGCGAGGUUAUAGAGGCUCGUCUCCCACCUUCAACGGCGAUGGAAAAGACGAUGCAGCGAAUAUGGGCAAAUGCCAUGGGCGUGGAGCUUGACUUUGUUGGGGCCCAUGACGACUUUUUUCAACUGGGAGGCGACUCUGUGGUCGCCAUGCACGUCUCUGCUAUGAGUCGUCAAGAUUCGUCCAUCGGCAGUCUCUCUGUCGCCGAAAUCUUCCAGCAUCCGCGUCUCUCGGACCUGGCGAAGUUUUUAGAGGAAAGGGAAGCAAGGGAGGACGACAAUCAGAUGGAGCUCUUAAAGGACGAGGAAAGUCCGUUUGCAUUGCUUCAGGAGGCGCUGGAUCUAGGAUCAUUAUGA